AUGAACCAAGAAGAUGUGGAGGUGUUCUCUAAGAAGACGUUCUUGACAUCGGUCAAAAGGAUCUCCGACUCUGCUACAGGUAACCGGAAUGGUCAGAACGCCAACACAAACGCCGCCGACGAAACGCCAGCAAUGGCAAUCGUUCGACAGAAGCAUGCCCAGCUGCAUGACGUCGUUGGGUCUUUAUCCGAGAAGAUUAGCUCCGUGCUAGCACGUCAGGAACGAGACUUCUUGGCGGCAUAUCGAGCUCACAUGUACAACGUCCAGAAGGAGCUUCAUGAAAUGCGCGAGAAAAUUCACCGCAACGAGACAUACAUGAAGGAGAACUUGGAGUCCAUUGAAGAAGAUCGGAAUUGGCUCGAGACGCAGCUGAAAGCGUGCAAGAAACAGAAUAAACUACUUCGCGCUGAGCUGGACGUGCGACUCGCAGUACCUGGCAACAAUUCCAGCCCGGAUCCUACCGGGAUGCUCCCGUCUUUCGACAGAUCCGGGUCCAAGAUCCUGAAGCAUCGAGACUCCCAAGAUCGCUUUACCCCCGCAGCAGUACGAGCCCAUGGUUUGCCUCAACUGAACUUGGACGUGACGUCUCCAAGCCAAGAACGAGAAGAGAAAUUCAAAAAGCAGAUUCGUACUUUGAAGCGUGAACUGCAGCACAAAACCAACGAGUUGAUCUCGAUCAAGAGGCAGCAGCGUCUGCUGAAACGUGACGGGGAUGGCGGCCAAUCUCUACUGGAGAAAUUCUUCUUGCAAUGUGUAGAUUCAGUCAAAGACGACGUAACAAGAGAGAAAGCUCGACAGCCCAAAUUUGAGGUGGAGCUGGACGAUUUCACUUCCAACGACCGCGUGCGAUUGAUCGAGCGGUUGUUAGCACACGACGAAGUGCUGACUUUCCUGUACACUCACUUGUUCCCGUCCGCUGUAAACACUGACGCUUUAGAAACGAACUGGACCGCACCGCCAUCCGGACGGGAGCUUCAGAAACGCGAUGACUCGUUACCAACUCUGCACUCUUCAGCGAGUCUCCCAGAGACGACGAGCUUUUUCCUUCCGCUCGACUUGUUCACCAAGGAAUAUCUGAAUUCAGUGUGA